AGAGUUGUCCUUGGAGGUAACGGAGGACGCAGCAUCACCAUGAGAUUCUUUCAUCCUAUGUAUCUCCUGUUGUUGCUUCUGGCAGCCCUGCUCAUCACCAGCGCCGAGAGACCAGGUAGGCCUAAAAAAGAUUUUCUAAAUCUCAGGCGGAAAUAUCGGAGACACAACUGCAUGAAAAAGCGCUGUCUACCUCUUCACUCAAGAGUACCUUUCCCUUGAGUUGAACAUGAGGUCAAGCUGGAGAGAAACCUCAACAUGGCCAUGUUGGAUCAUCUAUAGGAUGCUUUGGAGAUCAAGAGCCAAACAGUUGGAUUACCAAAAGCUGAUAUGAGUAUUAAAUUAAAACUCACUAAGGACUGAUAUAUGCCUUACUCCAGCAAACAAUGAAUGUUGGUGUACAAGCCAUACAUGGGGACAUCCCAUCCAACCAAAGAUGCCAAAUACUCAUCGCUCCAUCAGUUUGAGUUUUUCAAAUCAUUGUAAAUAGUAUGGACUGAAUGAAAUGUGUUUAUAUGUAAGUUAUGCACUUCAAAUGUUUUAUUAUUAACCUGCUUUAAUAAAAAGUGUAUCGUCUUUACAGCCAGACUCAGUGCGUGUUUUAUCUUAACCGUUCUUUAACUGGUAGAACGUGCUUAAUUCGAUUCCCAAGUUCCAGUUGGAUUCCCAAGUAACGCAGAUGCUGAUAACAUGUAUA